GCUCUCCAAUUCCAGAACCAAUUUACCAUUUCUUCUUGGCCAUGUACCUACCACCCUAGGCCUCCCAAGGAACUCCAUUUCCUAGCCCCUUCGCUUCAACUUAGUAAUUUGCGUGAAAUGAAAUGAUAUCUGUAGAAGUAUACAAUCGAAUGAAUAGGGUUGAUCCUCAAAUACGAGAAGUUGUUCAUCGUUGUGCGCAUUUAUUGUGACAAUUACCGACACCAAACGCUGGCGGGCCCUCGACUCAUAAACAUUUUUCUUUGAGAGAACUCGCUUUUGGCAUGCCGAGAGAAAUGCCAGCGUAUCAAGGGUGGUCGAAGAUUCGUUCCACAUUUAGUCUUUUGGAGUGAUGCCGAUGUCACGUUGUAUCAAUGGUGGCACGACAGAUCCAGAUUCAGAUCUUCGAAAUGGUAUCACCUACUUUUAUUCUGAUAUCUUGAAGAGAAAUCAGGCAGUGGAGGCUUCGAUCGAUCGGAAGAUUUUGCAGAGCUUGAAAGGUGGAAAGUCAAAUAAUGAAGAGCCAGAAAUUGUGGUACAGAGCGAUGGUAUUCCGGAUAUGUUGCUAAGGAAGUCGACCAAAGGGGGAGAUUUGAGUACAUUACACGAAAAGAGCAUAUCGGACGAAACGAGCGGUUGGUACACAGACGAUGAAGAGGAAGCAGGAGUAGAAUGGACAACCUAUUAGGGUACUAGUAUCCAAUGGCUUCGACGCCUCUGUUUCGAUUGUGAUGGCAGGAGAUGAGAUUUAUAUUACAAUCCGUUUUUUCA